AUGGAUGAAAGAGAAUUGUAUAAUAGACUAAAGAGUAGAUGCCCUGUUAAACAAUUGGAUUUUGACAAAGAUCUAUCUAAGUAUCCAUUACUACACAAAGAAUUGAUGGAUAUAAAGCGCUACAAUGCGUACUAUGUCAGGACGGUCUUGAAAAAGAUCUUGGACACGAUUACACCGGAGGAUGAAUGGGUAUAUGAAGAAUAUUUGCCAUUAUUACACUGUCAACCUCCACAAGCAGGUGAUUAUGAAGAUGUGAUUCUGUAUUCAAUUGGUUCGGAGGUGGGAAUUAGGUUAUGGGAAAAACCCAGAUUGAUUAGUUCUUUGAGUACUACAGGGUUCCGUACGUGGGAAGCUGCCAUCUACCUAUGUUUAUAUUUAUAUAGGAUGGGUCCUAUGAAUUUGUACAAACAAUGUAUCUUAGAAUUGGGCGCAGGAACCGGAUUAGUGUCUAUAUUUCUAUAUAAAUGGUUAAAGGGGAACUGUAAGAUAUAUAUUACAGAUGGCGAUUCAAAUCUAUUAGAAGGUUCUUUAUUAAGAAACUUAAGUUUGAACGGGAUCAGUAAUCUUUCUAAUAAUAAUGAUAAUGAUAGUAAUGAUGGUAAUAAGAUUAUAAGGCAAAGGUUAGUUUGGGAUGAAGAUAAAAAUAUUCCAGAGGAUGUGACAUUAUUAGUCGGUGCAGAUAUUACGUACGACUCAACAAGUUUUGUGGCAUUAUGCCGCUGUAUCAAAUCUUGUUUGAGACUUAAAAGCUGUCAAGAGAUAUUAAUCUCAUGCACAAUUCGAAGUGAAGAGACCAUCAAUCAGUUUCUAGAGGAAUGCAAUAGAAACGGACUAAAUACCACAUGUGUUAGUGAAAACGACACCUCAAUUAUCCAAGAUAUGGAAAAUCUUUUAUACAGAGAGCUGAUUGCUCCAAUCCAUAUAUAUAGAAUAACACAACGUUAA